GGCGGCUGGCGGCAGGGCGGCUAGUUCAAGUUGCCAUAGCGGCGAGGUGAGGCGGGCGGAAGGUACCCGAGGCCGGGGCGGCCUCGCCUUGGAGCGCUGUGCGGUUGGUCAUGAGGACAAAGAGGAAUGCUUGAACAUAAGUAGCUUCAAGAUACUGAUGGCAGAUUCAUCCAGUGAUUCAGACAACUUUCUUACGGGUCGAAUUGGAAGGCGACCUUUGAGAGCAUCCCACAACAGAGCUCAGAACUAUGGUGCUGAAGAAGUUACAGAGAAGAUCCAUACUUUAGCAAGCACUUUGCAGGAUACCAACAGAAAUCUAAGACAUGUUGACCAUUUGCUAGGACAAUACAGAGAAUACAACAAGGAACAAACCAAAGCAAUAACAACUUUAAAAGAAACACUGGAGCAAUCUAUAGGUCAAUUAAGGAGCCAGCGACUAACACGAAACUCUGGAAUGAGAAGUGCAUCUCUCUCAAGCUUAUAUCCCAGUGACCUGGAUGGAGAAGGAACAUCAGGCAACCGCCUCUUCCUGCCCACUUCUCCUCUCAGGGGUUAUGGAGACUCACAGGGCAAUAAACAUCGGCGGUCUCGAUCUGCGAGUGUUCGAUUUGUCAGUGAGGCAGACAGUGUGGACCAGCUGCAUUCUUUCCACCAGUCUCUUCGAGAUCUCAGCAGUGAACAAGUUCGCCUGGGAGAUGACAUCAGUCGUGAGCUUUCGAGAAGAAAUCGGACUGAUGCUGAAUUAAGAAAGACUCUAGAAGAACUUUCUGAAAAGGUCACUGAGUCCCAAAGACAAGAAACGGUAUCAGAACGGGUAGAGAGAAGACUUCAGGAGAUAGAAGAAGAAAUGCGUGCUGAAAGGCAGCUCGUAGAAAGGCGCCAGGACCAGCUGGGACACGUGUCUCUUCAGUUACAGGAGGUUUUAAGGAAGCAAGAUGCUAAAGCAGAUGAAACAGAAGAACUCAUGAGAAAAAAACUUGUGAAAUAUGAAAGUGAAAAGCAUCAGCUUGAGCAGGAAUUGGAGCAGUCCCAGAAAAAGUUGAGUGAAUCUGAAGGCAGUAGAGAAGCUCUUUUGCAUCAGAUUGAGGAUCUUCGUUCCCAGCUUUUGAGAGCAGAAGAAAACCGUGUAGAAUUGCAACAUCAAAUUUCAUGUGCUGCUAUGCAUCGCCAGAGCUACCAGGAUGUACAAGAUGAUGACAGGAGAAUUAGAGCAGUAACUGAAAGAUAUGAGAGAGAGAAGCAAGAUCUAGAGAAACAAAUUUUGGAACUUAAAGCAAAGCUGAGUCAUAAUGCUGUAAUGUCAGAGGUAGAAGAACUGAAGAGAUGUAUAGAGCGUAAGGACAAGGAGAAAGCACAGCUUGUAAUGCACAUACAGGUGUUAACAUCUGACCUGGAAAACAGGGAGAAGCAGCAGGAAAAAAUGCUAGACCAGCUAAAGGAGAUACAGAAUUGCUACAAGGCUUGUGAGAAUGGACGUAGACAAACUGAACUCCAGUCUGCUGAGUUAGCUCAACAGGUUGAAGAGAGUACCAAGGAGGCAGAGCGGUAUCUCACUGAAUUCAAGCAUUCAGAGGCACUCAGGCUGGAGAUUGAGAAAAAAAGAGAAGAUUUGAAGGUGAGAGCCCAGGAAACCAUCCGCCAAUGGAAGUUGAAGUGUAAGAAACUGGAUCGUGAGAUAGAAAAACAAAAUCAAACUAUCAGUGAACUGAUGGACAAGAAUAGUCAGGCCCUCAAAGAAAAAGAUGAUCUCAAAAGUCAGCUUCUCUCAGCUAUAAACCAAAUAGAAAACCUGCGGAAAGAGCUAAAUGAUGUGCUUACAAAGAGAGCCCAGCAGGAAGAACUCCUCCACUGUAAAGAGGUAAAACUGAAUGAAAUGGAGUCACACCAGGUAUCUCUUGAAGAAGAGAUCAAAGAAGUUCAAGGUACUGUAAAAAAAUUGGAGAAUGAGUUGCAAAAGCAAGUCUUUCUACAAAACCAAAUGCAAGCCGAGAAGGAACACUUGAAGACAGAACUUGCAAGUAUUAACUUGUUUCAUAAAAAAGACCAAGAACGACUCCUAGAAAUGCAAGCAGAUGUAAAAAAUUUGAGCACCAUACGUGUGGAACUAACAAACAGAAUAGCUGAAGAGGAGAAAGCCAAAAAGGAAUUACUUAAGAGCCUCUCAGACCUCCAGAAACAGCAGGAAUCUAGUCAUGAAGAGAUGAUUUCAGCUAACAGGCAGCUGAAGAUGGAAAGAGAAAUUCACCAACAGGAGUUGGCAGAUCUUAGAUCAGAGCUUCAAAUUGUGAAAAUCAAACAUGAAGAAAAUGUUCAAGAACGGAUGAAACUCCUUAAACAAGAAAAAGAAGAUGCAGAGGCACAGAUUAGAAUGCUAAAGAUGGAACUUUUAAAAGAGAAAAACAUAGUCAAAACUCAGUGUCGACAACUGGAAAAAAUAAAAGUUGAGUAUGAUAAAUUGACAGAAGAAUUAACCCAAAAUGAGGAAGAAAAUAUAAAACUAAAACGGAAAUGUGAGUUUGUAAAACAAGAACUGGAGAAAAAGGAAAAACAGAUCAGCAAUGAAGAAGAUCACUUGAGAAAGAUGAGUGAGGCCAGACUGCAGUUUAAAGAUCAGCUGCGUCACUUAGAAAUGGAGCAGCAAUCCAUUCUUUCCAUGAUAGGAAGUGAAAUUGAUGCUGCUUGUGAGAUCUUUUCUCGUGACUCUGUGGAGAAAUUCAAAGCAAUAUCCCUUACACCAACAGUACGGAAUGAUCCUCAUCGCUGGUUAGCAGAAACAAAGACUAAGCUUCAGUGGCUGUGUGAGGAGGUAAAGGAAAGAGAAAGUAAGGAAAAAAAGCUGCGAUGCUACUUGCUGCAAAGCCGAGAACAGCUCAAGCACUUUACACAGAUAAAGGAGACUGAACAUCAGUCUCUCUUUAAACAGAUAAAAAGCCAAGAAAAACUUUUGGAAGAAGUUCACAGAGAAAAAAGAGAGCUACUAGAGAAGACACACAGGAGAGAGGAAGAAAUGGGAGCUCUCCAGGAACGUAUUAUGGCCUUAGAAAUGAGUACCCGAGUAGCUUUAAACCACCUGGAAUCUGUGCCUGUGAAACUGAGCCUGUUAGAAGAUUGCAAAGAUACUGCAGAGUCCCAUUGCCGAAGGGAGAUGAUUGAGGAGAGGUAUAUGAAGUAUAAAGACUUAGUGAGUUCUUUGCAGCAACAGCUGGAAGAUUCAAAACAUAGAGUCAAGCAAGUCAAGGAUGUGAAAAUGGAUGCUGAAAUUUCCGAUAUAGAAGUGGCUGCUCACUCUUCUAGUUGGCGAACUCAAAACAGUUUUUUGUGCAGCUCACUGCUUUCAAGUUCAGGUUCACUUAAGAAAGGGAUCGUUCCUUUGGAUACAACUGCCACCAAGGAAGAUUCUACUAAUGUUGCUGUUAGUGAAAUGAAGCUGCAAGCAGAAGGAGGAAAGCGGUAGAAUAUUUUGCAAAACCACACCAGUUUUCUCUGUGGUAAAUUCCACUGCACUUUUUUUUGUUUGUUUUGAACAGUAGUAAUUCCAUCUGCUGUAGGAGUGAGCACCCUUAAUGAUUCAGCAAUUGCCAGACACCCAGAUGAAAGAUGAAAUCACCAAGAGUGAUUCUGAUGAAUGCUUGUGAUAAUUUAGGUGACUGGUACACCAAAGGCUUUCUGGGAUUUUGCUAUUCUCUUGAAUUUUUUUCUGCAGUCCUCCUAGACCAAACUUAUUGUAUUCCUGAAAUACUGUGAAGUGAAAUAUCUGUGACAUAAAUCUUUGCUAUGAGCUUGUUCACCCCUAUACAGGAAUUGUUCUGACACUUGGUUUUUUAUUGUGUUUAAUAACAUUAUUAAUAAUGAAAAAAUACUCAGAAAUUGCCUAUUAUUGUGAGACAGAGUCAUUAUACAGUGUUGUACAGACACAUUGUGAUUUUAGGUCCCUCAGUUUGAAAAAAAUCAUUCAAGGAAGAAGUGAUAAAACAGAAUUUUCUCAAAGCGAGUGGAAAUUCACAUCUUGGUUUCAGGUUCAGCAUACGUAUAAGUUGUCAGUUUUAUCAGAUGGCUACAAUUAGGCACUUUAAAGAAUCUGAAUCUCACCCAUCUGUGUCAAGAGUGUUGAAAGGCACUUCUAUGUUGCUGUGAAAAUUUUAAAAGCAGUGUUUAAUGUUCAUUUAUUUAUUCUGUUUUGUUCUCUAUUAGAGGUGUUUCAUAUUGAUUGUAAAAUACUAUGGAAAUACAAUGUUGCACAUUUGUAUUUCUUCAAAUAUCACUAUUCUAAACAAAUUGGACACAAUUUUCCAUUACAGUGGUCUCAAAGAGCAAAUCACAUAAGAAUUUUCUGUUUUCUAAAGAAAUGCAAGUGUUUCUGAUGGUUCUUGUUUUAUUCUCCUCUCAGCACCUUCUGACUGGAUCACUGCUAUAGUGCCUAAAAGGAUUUGCCAAAGCUAUCAGAGUACUGUAGCAACAUUAACACCAUUCCAGCAGUUUUGUUUUGCAGACUUCUGUCAUCUUUAGGAAGCCUAUUUCUUCUCUGAAGCACUGUCAUCUUUUGGCACUGUAGGUGUCUCAGGUAUAAUUCACAGGCUAUGAGGUGCCAUCUCAAAAGAGGUCGUUUUUAAUACUCUGGUGAGGUGUUCUGUAGUCCCAGUGGGUGCUCUGGACAGUGUACUUCCUUGACAGUCACCUUGUGCUCAGCUUGUUUUAAACAGAACAACAUGUUGAGAACAUCAAAAUCAGACACAGAAAUGAGAAAAGAUUGAGUUUAUUCUCCAUUCAAUUUCCAUUAACUUAAAUUGCUUAAAAUUAAGAAAAAAAUCUGAUUUGAUUAAAAAGUUUUCUUUACCUUUUGUUGUAUAUUAUGCUGUGCAUGGUGGUGCUGGCAUUGGCUUUUUGCAGACUUCUGGCACAUCUGCUCAUUCAGAGGGUCUAGAAAAACGAAACAAGCACAUCCAUCUGUUCUGAUCUCAAAGGCCACAACAGGGACAAGAAAAAAAUCAACAAAUAAACUUCUGCUCUCUACAAAGAGUGUGGAUGUCAUGAAACAGUGUUUAGCUCAAGUGACAGCUACUAUAAACUAAACUUACUUUAAGUGCAUCCAACAUUAUUUUGUAAUUUGUUUUUUCUAUUAGAUCAGAGCCGAGGUGGAAAUAUGGCAUUUAAAAUAUUUUAACUGGUUUGGUCUGCUGAAACUUUAAAAAAUUGCAAAAAGAAAUGCCACCAGCUUGCAGAACUUAUGUUACCUACAAAUUAUGGCCAAAACAUAGACAGGUCACUUUAAAAUAUAUUAUGAAGCAGUAAAUCAUGCUGUCAAAACAUCUUAUGUGGUAAGGAGGUCUGGUGCAUGGAUUGCUGAUGGAUAAAUGCAUACCCUAACUGUUUUAAUAAGUUUAAAUGGUUUUUUGACAUGAAAGUGCUUGUAGGUAAAUAAAUGGGGCUUUAAGAGUCUUAGCUGAGAAGAUAUACCAGGAGUAUAAUGUCCUCUCUUUUUCCUAAGGAAUUUGUAAAAAUCUUACCAUUUUAAUAAGGUUUUCCUGACUUGUAACUUAGAAAUCUGAAGUAUGUGUUGUUAAAACAGGAUCACUGCUGAUUUAUAUUGUUAGAAAACUAAGGAUAAGCAGUCUGAUCUCCCUCACUGUUUCAUCAAGUAUUGAAUUGACUUGUGCACUAUACAGGACAGAAAUUACUACUGGGUGAAUAAUUUUGCCUUUAAAACUUUAAGUAUGUUCCAUGCUUAGUAUAUUUGCCUUUGCCUAUGUGACUGGGGUUUUGUCAGUUUUAUAUCCUUUUAUAAUAUUUUCUAACGGCUGGAAAAAUAGGAGAGGUCAAACCACAGACCAAAAAAAAAAAAAAAAAAAAAAAAGUAGACUUAUGGACUCUGAAACCAGGAAAUUCUUUCUUAAAUUUGCCCGCCUGGCAUGGCAGUCUAGAUAGCAUGUAAUAUUUGUCUCUCUUCCACCUUUGAUAGAAGUUCAUAUUACGAAGUGAUUUUUGUUUCCUCUUUACUGAAGGCUGGAGUUCCGUUUAUGACAUUAUGUGAAACUGUCCCUUUGUGGUUUAAAUAAUAUUUUUUCCAUAUUGGUCUGAAAUAAUACUCUUUUGCACAGUUUCAGUUUUUAAAGUAGAAAAGCAGAUUAUUUUUAAAUAAAACCUUUUGUAUAUUUCACGUCUUAAAAAAUGCUGUCCCUUCUAGUAGCCAGAUUUUUUUAUACUUUAACCCUUUAAUGACCUGUUACUCAAUUCUUACCCAAAGCAGUAGUUUUCAGUAAUCAAAAAUGUGGUAUCACACACACACAAAAAUGAUGGUUUGAAUCUUUGUUCUUUUUAGUUUGGUAAAUCAGGCAAUUUUUUAUGUAUGUAUUAAGUACAUUCGGAUUUUAUAAGCUAGUAUCAGGCAUUCUCUUUUUUUUAAUGCUGUACUGAAAUACAGUGCUUCAGUAUUGUGCUUUCAAAAAUGCAUUGGCCCUCUAUUUUAGCAUCAAAUAGUUGUCACAUGAAUAAGCUCCAAAUUUCAUGUCCUUCAGUUCCUAAUGUUUUACAGCAGACUUGAGAGUACUUAAUUACUUUUGAGAUUAUAUUUACUAAAUAGACAAAAUAAUUUAUUUUUAUUGUGUAAUUAUGUCAUCCUAAGAAGAAAUGUCAAAAUAAAAAUAAAAAAUAAAAUUUUACAGUGCAAAACAAAGCCAUUUUCUUACAUUUCCUUCUCAAUUUUUUGAUGGUAGCCAGUCUUCUUUGGUGGUGAAAGUACUCCUUGGAUAUUCAAAGCUCAGCCACAUUUUUACUAACUAUUACAGCAAAGUAAAUAAGGAAAAAAUAUAAAAAACCCAUACAACAAACAAACUACUAUUGUAAAAUCCAUUUCUGAGCUAAGGACUCUACAUAUCAGUUACUCUCUGGCUUGCAAGGCAUAGUCUCUGCACUGGAUAGCACUGAAUGGUUAUUCAUGAAUGAAAAUGCCAGUAUUACUCUGAAAGGAAAUCAUUAGGUAUUUUCGUAACACUGAUGUAACUUUUAUGGCUAAAAAUGAGAAGUCUUCAACCUGGAUGCAUUCUCAUAUCUAUAACAUGCAGAAUUUUUUUUUCAUAGAUUUUUGUGGCACUCCUUGUUACAGUGGAAUUUUGCAGUACCAAUGUUAAACUUGUUGUGUCUGCAGUGUGUUAGUAACAGAUUUCUCUCUCUCUAAGCCCUUGUCACCCUACAGAAGUAAUUGAUACUGAAGUUAAUGUGAGCUGCAGGUCAAUAUCUGAUGAUUCAGCCUUGUCCAAAAUGGAUGUGCAGGAGGACAUCACUCAAAGUCCUGUGAAUCUGAUGUAAUUGUAGAGUUUAGAAGCAGUUGUGAGGAAAACUAGCAGUAGAAGGGAUGAAAAGCAAUUCAUGAUUAAAUUAAAAUUUCAGAACACUUUUAUUCUUGAUGCCUUAGCUUAAAAA